GAUCCAGCCUCCUCUACGCUUUUAUAUACAUUUACGCUACCUUACAUCUGUAUAGCCUUGUUCAACAACGCGCGCGCGCGCGUGUGUGUGUCUUUGCAUAAUUAAGCUCAUCACACACUUGCUUCAUGAAUUUGAUGACUCCACUUAGUGCUUAUGAAGUCUGAUCCGUCAUAACUUGUUGCAUUUUCAUUUCUGGUCGAAUCAGUGCGCAGAUGUGAGUGUGAAAGAGCUCAGGGAGGAGAAACUCUGCUGAACUUCAUUGUUCGGGACUUGAAAGGGCUUGAGUAAGCCAGUGCACUAUAAAAACCCCUCUUGUAGAGAGACAGGCAGAGAAACAGACAGAGAGACACACACGCACAGAGAGAGAGAGAGAGAGAAAGGCUGGAGUUCUUCCACUGCAGCGCGUGAAAAGCAGCAGCUUCUUUAUUAUUAUUAUUUUUUUGCACUCUUUCAUUUUUUCUUUAUUGAAUUUUAGUUGUAUAUAUUGUCGGGGUCGGUGCAGAGAUGUUGCCCGGCGUUAUUGCUCCUCCUGCCAUGUAUCCCAACCUGCUGUCUCUGCCGCGGACUUUGCGCUCGGCCUUCACCUCGCCGUCCAGUUUCCGGGUGGAGGACCUGCUGCGUAUCGGCCGCGAGACCUUCCCUCCACCGCUUCCGUCGCCCGCGAGCCCCAACUCCCACGAGACCGCGCGCGCUUCCUCCGGUAUCGACAGGAGCAGCUCACCGCCGCAGACCACCGCCAUCAACACGACCACGACCACACACACACACACGCACUCACACACACACACCGAGCCCGGAUACCUGAAGUUCGGGGUGAACGCCAUUCUCGCACCAGAUACCAGAAACGCAUCAUCUCCACCUGCACUGCAUGGCAUCAGCCCCAAACACUUUCCCUUCCCCUACUUUGACGCGUCAUUCCAUCCGUUCAUCAGAGCUGCCUAUUUCCCUGCUUCAAACUCGGUGGUUCCUAUACCGGGAACCUUCUCGUGGCCACUUUCAGCAAGGGGAAAGCCGAGGAGAGGUAUGCUGAGGCGGGCCGUGUUUUCAGACGUGCAGCGCAAAGCUUUGGAGAAAAUGUUUCAGAAGCAGAAGUACAUCAGCAAACCAGAAAGGAAGAAGCUAGCCACAAAACUUGGCCUGAAAGACUCUCAGGUAAAAAUAUGGUUCCAAAACCGAAGAAUGAAAUGGCGGAAUUCCAAAGAGAGGGAACUUUUGUCUUCAGGUGGCUGUCGAGAACAAACUCUGCCAACGAAGACGAACCCUAACCCAGAUCUCAGCGACGUUGGGAUAAAGUACGAGAGUCUCGACAGAGACAGCCCAGAUGGUGCCUUCUACCAUCCUCACAUAGGCAAAGAUUUGGAAAACGGUUCCGAUUCACUCUUUACAUCUCCAUCACACUCCAGCAAGAACUCAGACUCAUCAGAUGAUGAAGAAAUCACCGUAUCAUAGCAAUACAAAAAAAAACCAACAACAACAAAAAAACCCAGACUGAGAUAUGUGUUGAAUUAAUCCUGAAAUGGAAUACAGCCUACAAGGGGGGCUAGACUGAAUCAACCUGAGAGACAUUCAACCCCUGUAGAUACGUUUUGGCACCGAUGAACAGAUAGCUAAAUAAAUGUCAUGCAUCAACAUUAAGAUUUAUUAAUAUGUUUAAAAUGUUAAAGUGAAACAACCAUGAGAGAUGUUUUUGCUGAUUCGACAGAAUCAUUUUUUCAUUCUUGGCUUAAUUUGCAAUGCAGUUUAUCGAUUAGGA